UACACCACAAGCUUAAGUGGAAGAGGGAAUCAUCUCAACUAGUACACCACCUUCAAGGGACAUACUCACUUCAACAAAAUUCAGAUUCCUGCUGAUCUCCUGACAUGAAGCUCAAUUUCCUUGCUUCCUCUGUGGUUCUGCUAAUUGCCCUUCUACCGCGUUAUGAAUGUAGAGCUAUCGAAAGCCAGGGCGCUGUCCAGCCAGACCCUGGUCCACAGUCUGAUCUACUGCAGCAAUCUCUUCCCAUUUUGGUGCGACUAGGAGAGGAGUACUUCGUUCGGCUUGGCAACGCAAAUCAUAAUUCUCCCGAGUCCACACCGAACGUAUCUCCUGACGCGUCCGCGGCAACCAUCAACAGGGCUCUGCAGCUGCGGCUCACGCAACGUCUUUUGCAAGGAAAAGUUGGUAACAUCAGUCGGUUUGUGAGCAGCUACGCUAACCAGCUUGAUGACUCGAUGGAGAGAGGGAAGCGAUCCGAAGAGCCCCCUAUUUCAUUGGACCUGACGUUCCACCUGCUUAGAGAAGUAUUAGAAAUGGCUCGAGCUGAACAAUUAGCCCAGCAAGCACAUAGCAACAGAAAAAUGAUGGAAAUCAUUGGAAAGUAAAUGUGACAUAUUUAAAUUUGCCAAAGAAAGUUUUACAUCUAGCACAAGA